AACAAAGACCCCAUACCCCAAUCUUAAUAUUAAGGUAUGGCGACACUUGAAAUUACCGAAAUAGCCCUGGUUCAACCUUCUCACCAACCACUCUCCAACGACCAGACACUCUCUCUCUCUCAUCUUGAUAACGAUAACAACCUCCACGUCAGCUUCCGUUACCUCCGCGUCUACUCCUCCUCUUCCACCGUCGCCGGGAAAAGCCCCUCUGAAGUCGUCUCCGCUUCUCUCGCCACUGCUCUUGUCCAUUAUUACCCUCUCGCUGGCUCUCUCCGUCGCUCUGCCACCGAUAACCGUUUUGAACUAUACUGUGCUGCUGGUCAAAGCGUGCCUUUAGUCAACGCUUCUGUUAACUGUACGCUUGAGUCCGUCGGGUAUUUGGAUGGACCCGAUCCAGGUUUUGUCGAAAGAUUGGUACCGGAUCCGACCCGGGAGGAAGGAAUGGUUAAUCCGUGUAUACUCCAAGUCACGAUGUUUCAGUGUGGUGGUUGGGUUUUAGGAGCAGCGAUUCACCACGCGAUCUGUGAUGGGUUAGGUGCGAGUCUUUUCUUCAACGCUAUGGCGGAAUUAGCUCGUGGAGCGACUAAGAUCUCGAUUGAACCAGCUUGGGACAGAGAACGAUUACUUGGUCCAAGGGAGAAGCCUUGGGUUGGAGCUCCAGUUCGUGACUUCUUGAGCCUGGAUAAGGACUUUGAUCCAUAUGGACAAGCCAUUGGAGACGUCAAGAGAGAGUGCUUCUUCGUGACCGACGAGUCUUUGGACCAAUUGAAGGCUCAAUUACUCGAGAAAUCGGGUGUGAAUUUCACCACAUUCGAAGCUCUAGGUGCUUACAUUUGGCGUGCGAAGGUAAGAGCUGCAAAGAUUGAAGAAAAGGAGAAUGUGAAAUUUGUGUAUUCGAUAAAUAUAAGGAGAUUGAUGAAUCCACCUUUGCCUAAAGGCUACUGGGGAAACGGAUGUGUGCCAAUGUAUGCUCAGAUCAAAGCUGGAGAACUCAUUGAGCAACCAAUCUGGAAAACUGCAGAGCUCAUAAAACAGAGCAAAUCCAAUACGAGUGAUGAAUAUGUACGCUCCUUUAUCGACUUCCAAGAGCUGCAUUACAAAGAUGGAAUCAAUGCCGGUACAGGAGUGACCGGAUUCACGGACUGGCGAUACUUGGGGCAUUCCACGAUUGAUUUCGGAUGGGGAGGACCUGUGACGGUUUUGCCACUAUCAAACAAGUUGCUUGGAAGCAUGGAACCAUGUUUUUUCUUGCCAUAUUCUACUGAUGCUGCAGCUGGAAGCAAGAAGGACAGUGGGUUUAAGGUUUUGGUGAAUCUGCGCGAAUCUGCAAUGCCUGAGUUUAAGGAGGCCAUGGAAAAGUUCCACAAAGGUGAAUUUUCUCGGUCUUGAUCACCGCAAGAUGGCCUCUAUAUACGCACAAUGAAACAAAACAAAAAAUCAUCAACCAUUUGUAUAACCUUCGUUUUCAUUACUGAACAAAUGUUUUUGAGCUCAGUGUAUUUGAUUUGAAGAGCGUGAAUAAGAGACGCCUUACUGUAUGUUUUCACAAUUAUCACUUCUGUAAAAACACUCUUGAGGCAAAAAAGUAUCAUCUUCUUCUCUGA